CGACGUCGGCGUGUACAUACCACUCUCUCUCGGCUGUACGCGUUAUGUCCGAUCGGCUAUUCGCUCCAUCCUACUAUCACAGCUGUCGCUAUUACCGCUAAACCCGAUCAUGUCUUUGCGUGCUGACGUCGUCAUCUUGCCUAUAAAGCUGCCCCGCUUCCGUUGCCGUUGACAUGACCAUUCCCAGAACCAAACUCUCACUUCCACCUCAUCCUCCACCUACACAAUGUCGAGCCACCCUUCGAUCCACGCCUCCCACGAGCAUGACCCGCGCUGGGACGCCGUCGACCACUACGCAAUCCCGCACCUGCAUGGCCGCAACAAGGCCCUGUCCGAGGUUCUCGACAAAGCAUGGAAAGCGCAGACAGAGAACGGCCUGCCCGACAUCGCCGUCUCACCCGCUCAGGGAAAGUUCCUGAUGCUGCAGGCACGCAUGCUGGGCGUCAAGCACGCCCUCGAAGUCGGCACGCUCGGCGCCUACUCAACCAUCUGGCUCGCGCACGCGAACCCGGACAUCAAGAUCACGACGGUCGAGGUCGACGCGAAGCACGCUGCUGUUGCCAAAGAUAGCUUGCGCGCUGCUGGCGUGGCGGACCGUGUCGAGAUCAUCGUCGGCAGUGGCGUCGACGUGCUGCCUAAGCUUGUUGAAGAAGUCAACAAGGGCCAGAGGGAGCGCUUUGGGUUCGCGUUCAUCGACGCGGACAAGGAGAAUAAUUGGACUUAUUUUGAUCAGGCGGCCAAGAUGUGCACACCGCGCGCUUGUCUGAUCGUCGAUAACGUGGUUAGGAAAGGUCGAUUGGCCGAUGAGGAGGCUGCUGCGUCGGAUAAGAACAUCAGAGGUGCGCGAGAGGUUAUCGAGAAGGUAGGGAAGGACGAGCGGGUCGAUGGUGCUGUUAUUCAGACGGUGGGCGAGAAGAGCUAUGACGGGUUCUUGGUUGCUGUUGCAAGGGAUGAUAUUGUCGAGUACGUGAAGAGCCAGGCUGCUUAGGCUAGAACUGGCUGUAAGUGUAGGCGGGUGCGGGCCGCGAGCAAUGUCCGUGUGCAGAUUAAUCUGCGAUGAGAUUAACGAUAAAUGACUGGGAUUGAACUUUACCCGAGCCUCUCUUCUUAAUGUAGCUUUUAAUUUUAACUUGGCCUCCAAAUCUCCUGUCC